AUGGGUUCAGGAAAGGUUCUGAUAAUACUUGUUUCAGGUUCUGGAAUACAUGUUCCAGGUUCUGAUAUAUUUGUUCCAGCUGCUGCAUUAUUGAUAAUUUUCAACAUUGAGGUUCGAGCCGAGGAGAUGGAGGAGGUAGUGGAAGACUUUGUGAUCAAACCGAACGAGCUGGGACGUUCUCAAAAAUAUGCAGGAGGAGAUUAUCACCGUAGGGCGCGAUCUGCUGACAAUUGCGAGUAUCCAAGUGUUCUUGAAGACUCUCAAUUGGAUUGCAAGGUCUACCCCAGCAAAAUCACUUGUACGCAGACUUGCACUUUUGGCCACACUUUCCCAGAGGGACCAAAGAGAGAAAUGACCUGCAGAUUUAUGGAAAAUCGAUGGACACCUUAUGGAGGAUUCGACAGAUGCAAACCAUUUGUUGACUGCAGCCUUCGUCUGUUGCCUGGAGGAAAAUAUAAGUGUCACACCAACUUUUUAGACAGAGCACCUUUCUGUGACAUUUCAUGCAGUGCAUACGAGGACAAGGCAGCUGUCGAAAGGAAGACGUACCAAUGUGACAUACGAGGACAGUGGACUCCAAGUCUUCCAUUUUGUGCAAGAUCUGGAUCAGGUACUUCCUAA